AUGAGACGCUACUGAAUGUGGCAUUGGAAGCGACGCGUGUGCUCCGAGCUCCGACGUCAGUCGCUCUUGCCGCGCCGUCUGCGCCGCACGCUCGCUCGCAUCAUGCUGUCGUUGUUCCUCCUCGCGCUCGCAGCCACCGCGGCCGCGCAGAACUUGCAAAAUACAUCAACUGCACGUGCCCCGACACCGCGCCGGGAACAGUUCCGUGUCAUUUACGAAUGGAACGCUAUAGACUUCCAAUGGGCCUCCCCGGAAGAACGCGAGGUUUACCUAAAUACGAGCCGAUACAUACCCCGCAACGUUCUAAUCUCUGGAAUAAACUUCUACGGAGAAAACCUAUUUCUGACCCUGCCGAGGAUGCUAGAGGGCGUGCCGGCGACGCUCGCCACGAUCCCGGUACGGCAGGUCGACACGGCGCCCAAGCUUAGCCCCUUCCCUAGCUGGAGCGCCAACACCCUCGGCGAUUGCGCCGCCUUGCAGUUCGUGCAAAAUGUUGAAAUCGACCGCAACGGAAUCAUGUGGAUCUUGGACAACGGACGUAUCGGCACGCUCACUCAGAAACCCGAUACGAAGUGCCCGCCCUCGAUCGUCAUGAUAGAUCUGAAAACUGGCAAAAAUGAAAUGGAGCGCAUACCUCUACCCAAGGAGACGGUGAACGCCUCGACGUCGUAUCUCAACGAUCUCGUCGUGGACAAUCGCGACGGUGACUACGCUUAUAUUACUGACAACAGUGCCGUGGAUCCAGGUAUCAUAGUUUUUCGUCGAAGCGACAAAAAAUCAUGGAAGAUCCGAGACAGUAAGUCUAUGUUGUCGGUGAGCGAGGCUGCCGUCUUUCGCAUCAAUGGUACAACCAUCAACCUACCCGUCAACAUCGAUGGCAUAGCCCUCGGACCGCAAUUCCUUACCGAAGAAGGCUACGUCGAUAGGACCGUGUAUUUCACCCCUUUAUCGAGUUUUCACAUGUAUGCCGUUAACGCUUCGAUUUUACGAAACGAGUCCCUCUCGUCGACUGGUGACGGAGCGAUACGUCCAUAUAUCAAGGAUCUCGGCACCAAGCCGUCGCAAACGGACGGCAUGAAAAUGGAUUCGACGGGUACCUUGUUUUUCGGUUUAAUCGGCAAUUCGACUAUUGCGGAAUGGAACACUACGACAGACUUCAGAGUCGGUCAGCGCACUAUCGCCAGAGACCCGAACUACAUCCAGUGGGUCGACCGGUUUACAUUUGACGACAGUGGCAACAUAUACGUCGUAAUCAACAGGCUGUACAAUUUCAUUAAAAAUCAAGUCUCUCUCGACGAGGUGAACUACAGGAUCCUGAAGUCGCACACGGGGACCAAGAGCUAUAUAUUCAGUCCCGAUGUAACUCCGGUGGUACCGAGUCCGCAUGGGGCGGCGACCGCGCCCUCUGUUUGCGCAUCGCUGUUGUUGUUGGCCUUCGCGCACCUGUUCGCCUAGUCCCCGCGGCACCUCUAGGUCGUAGAUUUGACUACG